GCGGUCUGUCGGGAGGGGCAGCGAGUGAAUGGAAAUUUUGAAAGGCUCCUAUAAAAGCAAGUAGACCGACUUGCCAUGCCAGUGUGAAACGUCCUCCUCAAAGAAGACGCAAUGAAACUCUUCCUAAUCACGGUUUGCGUGGCACUCGUCAUCCAUUCUGCCCUGGCAGAAAAGGCGAAGGAAGAGAGAAAGGCAGUUAAACCAGUAGAGAAAGAAGAAAAAGCCGAGAAAGAGGGAAAGGAAAUCUCGAAAAGAGAAGGUUUUGGUAGCCACCACAAGGGUCUUGGAGGAAUUGGCGUAGGACACGGUCUCGGCGGAGGCUCACACGCUGCUGCCAUCGAUGUAGGAGGUGCCCACGGCGGAUUUGGACACGGAGGAGGUCUCGGAGGUGGCCUCGGAGCUGGACAUGGAAUUGGCGGAGGAUUUGGCGGAGGAGUAGUUGAUGGAGGAUUUGGCGGAGGAGUAGUUGAUGGAGGAUUUGGCGGAGGAGUAGGUGGAGGAUUUGGCGGAGUAGGUGGAGGAUUUGGCGGAGUAGGUGGAGGAUUUGGCGGAGUAGGUGGAGGAUUUGGUGGAGGAGUAGGAGUGGCCGAUGGAGGUAGCUUUGUUAGCACUUCUGCUGGAGUUCCUCAUGUCAGCACAUCCAUUGGCAAUGCAGGUUCUUUUGUCAGCAGUUCUGUGGGAGCUCCUCAUGUUCAAACUUCCGUUAGUCAUGGAGCUCCAAUUGUGAAGAGUGCUGUUGGUGCUGCUCAUGUUAAAACUUCUAUUGGUAGCGGAGGAUCUUUUGUCAAGAGCUCUGUUGGAGCCCCUCGUGUCCAUACUUCAGUUAGUCAUUCAGCUCCUAUUAUCAAGAGUUCUGUCGGUGCUCCUCAUGUUAAAACCUCCGUUAGCCAUGCAGCUCCCAUUGUCAACAGUGUUGUUGGGGCUCCUCAUGUUCAAACUUCCAUUUCCUCUGCUGGUAUUGGGCAUGGAGGUGUGGGAGUAGUCCACGGAGGUUCUCUUGGUCUAGGGCAUGGAAUUGGAGUUGGGCAUGAUGCUUCAUUUGCUGUUGGAGGAGGAGCAGUAGGGGUUGGACACGGUGGAUUUGAUGGAGGCGACUUUGGUUCUUUUGAAGCAGAUGACCAUCUAGGAGGCGCUGUUGUUGGAGGAGCAUUACAAGGAGGGCUAGUAGGUGGAGCUAUUCACAGUUCUGGAUUAGGUGGAUCUGCAGGGUAUAACUAUGAUGCCCCAGUUGGACCUGCUCUGGGCUUCAGUUCUGGAGGUUUUGAUAUCGAUGAUGAUGAUGAUGAUUUUGAUGGUGUUGCACAUGGAGUAUCUGAUUUUGGUGGUGUUGCUCAUGGAGUAUCUGAUUUUGGUGGUGUUGCACAUGGUGUUGCUACAGGUGUAAGCCAUGGUGUAGGAGUUGGGGGAGGUGGAUUUACUCAUGCUGCUGUUGGUGGGCCCAUUGGAGGAAUUGGAGCUGGAGGCCAUGUUGUUGGUGGAGGAGCUGGAGGUGAUAUAUUUUUGGAUGGUGUUUCUGCUGGCUCAUCAGUCGGAGGUGUUUCAGGAUUACAUGGUGGCUCUGUAGGACAUGUUUCUUCUGGUGUUGGCCUUGGAGGAGGCCUUGGAGCUGGUCUUGGAGGAGGCCUUGGAGCUGGUUUUGGAGGAGGCCUUGGAGCUGGUCUUGGAGGAGGAUUUGGAGGAGGCCUUGGUGGUGGAUUUGGAGGAGGCUUUGGUGGUGUUCAUGGAGGAGGUGGUGCAGUAUCUGUAAGAACACACCAGUUGGCACCCGCUGUUAGGACUUCUGUCAGCCACAGAGCUCCACUUGUUAGUACAUCUGUUGGUGCCCCCAGAGUUGCAACUUCCGUAAGCAAUGGAGGUUCAUUUGUCAAAACUUCUGCAGCAGCUCCUGUUGUUCGUACCAAAGUUAGCCAUUCAGCUCCUCAUGUUAGCACUGCCGUUGGAGCUUCCAGUGUUAAAACUUCAGUAGGCAGUGGAGGUACCUCUGUUAAAACUUCUCCAAUUACUCCUGUUGUUCGUACUUCAGUUAGCCAUUCAGUUCCUCAUGUUAGCACUGCCGUUGGAACUCCCAGGGUUUCAACUUCCGUAAGCAAUCUAGGUUCAUUUGUGGGACAUGCUGGUGGUGCUCCCCUUGUUGGAGGCGGUGGUUUUGUUGGAGGUGGUGCUCCUCUCGUUGGAGGCGGUAUUGCUGAUGGAGUCAUUUCUCAUGAUGGUUUGGGAAGUGGAUUCGAUGUAGUUCCUGGAGUUGGUGGUUUGAUUACAUCAGGUGGUGGCGCCUUUGGUGCUGGAAGCCUUGGAGGUGGUCUCGGCUUCGGUCAUGGAGUUGGCGGUGUUGGCAUUGACCAUGGAGUUGGCGGUGUUGGCAUUGGCCAUGGAGUUGGCGGUGUUGGCAUUGGCCAUGGAGUUGGCGGUGUUGGCAUUGGCCAUGGAGUUGGCGGUGUUGGUAUUGGCCAUGGCGUUGGUGGUCUCGGUGUUGGCCAUGGAGUCGGCAGCGUUGGCAUUAGCCAUGGAGUUAGCAGUGUUGGCAUUAGCCAUGGAGUUGGCAGUGUUGGCAUUGGCCACGGCGUUGGCGGUCUUGGUGUUGGCCAUGGAGUUGGUGGUUUUGGCGUUGGCCACGGAGUUGGUGGAGGAAGUUUUGUUAAGACUUCUGUCGGAGCUCCUCAUGUUAAAACCUCAGUUAGCCAUGCAGCUCCAUUAAUCAGUACUUCUACAGGAGCUCCUCUAGUCAAAUCUUCUGUUUCCCAUGCAGCUCCCCUUAUCAGUACUUCUACUGGAGCUCCUCUAGUCAAAUCUUCUGUUUCUCAUGCAGCUCCCAUUAUCAGUACCUCUACUGCCGCACCCUUUGUAAAAACAUCUGUUUCUGGUGCAGGAUUGGGACUUGGAGGUCUUGGUGGCCUGGGAGGUGGAUUAGGAGUUGGAGGAGGACUUGGCCUUGGAGGAGGACAUGGUCUUGGAGGAGGACAUGGCCUUGUAGGAGGACAUGGCCUUGGAGGAGGACAUAGCUUUGGACAUAGUAAAAUUUCUGUGAAACAUGGCUAAGAAGAAAACAUGUUGGAAGCAUGGAUAUUUGUUAUUAUAUUUAUGCAAUGUUAUGCAGAAAAUGCACUGAUGAUAUAAUAUUAAAAUAAAAAGACAUUUAAGAGAGAA